GGAACGUGUGUGAGUUCGCGCUCCGAGCUCGACGCGAGAAGACGUCGUCGUCGUCGUUCGUCCCGGUCUUCCUCGUCUUGUCGAUGCCGCCACGCGCCGCCACCGCCGUUGGUUCAGGCCGUGCGCCGCCCAAGCCGGACCGCGGCAUGUGACCAGGUGGACCAGGUUGCAGUGAUCUGCGCGACGUGACAGUGUAACAGUGGCUUGUGCUCCAGGUGUGUGUGGUGCUGUGCUCCUCAAGUGUGUGUGUGCGUGUGUGUCGUCGCGCUUGCGCCCCAGCGAGUGCUUGAUCGGGGUGUCCUCGACGCCCUGCUCCCACGAGUCGGAUUUACCCUCACCGCUCGCCCCAUCGUCACCGUCAUCGUCCUCUAGGCCGUGGCAGUUCACCCUCCAGUCGCCCCUGCGCUGGCAGUGCUGGCCUCCCGGGCGAUGAAGUACCCCCUGCUCGGCGGGCCACCUGUCCUUUGGUGAUGUGAAAUGCGGCACGGCCCCUGCGCGGGGCCCCAGGCCUUGCCCCAGCCUGGUCCGAGGCCCAGGACGCCGAGGCCCAGGACGACGACGGCGCUUCGGCUGACAUGCUGAAGCACAUCUCCGCGUCCCCGCUUGGAGGACCCCUGUCCCUCGGGGGGCCGCUGUCGCUGGGCUCGCCGCUCGGGGGCGUCGUCCCCGGGGCCGCGGUGCCGGCGGGGGGCGGGCACGGCGGGCAUGGCGGCCACGUCGGGCACGGCGGCCACGGUGGGCACGGCGGCCACGGCGGCCACGGCGUGCUGAGAGGCAACCCGCUGUCGGCGGCGUCACUGCCUCUGUCUCCUCGGACGCUGUCGCCCAGGACGCCCUCCCUGUCGCGCAGCCUCCACUCACACCUCAGCACAGCCAGCGGCUCGCCGGCCGGCCCCAGCCCCGCGGGCCCCAGCCCCAGCGGCGCGCACCACAGCCCCGCGCACGCCCACGCCCACGCGCUCGCCCUGCAGGGCCUGCACGCGGCGCACCACGCGCAGCGACCGGCCGGCCACGGCCACGUCGCCAAUGGCGGGCUGCACAUCUCCAGGAUAUCCACCAUCACGGCGCCCUCGGGCCAUGGACUCUUGCCGCCGCCGACCCCCGGCGGCCACAGCCUGGGGCACAGCCUGGGGCAGUGCAUGGCGGCGGUGCGCGUCGCGGACGGGCUGGCCAAGCCCGGCGUGCAGGAGGCGCUGGGGUCGCUGGGGCUGGUGUGCGUGUCCGCGCUGUUGCUCGCGCUGCUGGCCCUGCUGGCCCUGCUGCAGCUCGCAGGACCACCGCCGCUCGACCUCACCGCCCCCGACGAGUACGUCCUGGUGCACGAGGCGGCGCUCGCUCUGUGCGCGCUGGCGCUCUCGCUCGAUCUCAGCUGCCUGCUGGUGUGCGCCGUGCAGUUCCUGUUCGCCGUCAAGCUGGCGCGGUCUCCGCACGCCGCCAACAGGACGGACAAGUACCUCCGCAAGUCGUCCACCACGAGGGUGUGCGCCGUCGGGGGCUUCUUCGUGUCCAUCCCCGUGUUCCUCACAGGUAUCAUCUUGUACACAUUCAUCCAGUUCCACUCAACCCCAGCCAUCGUGACGAGCGUCCUCAUCGGCGUGGGAAUCAUCUUCUGCGGAUGCGCAAUGGUCCACAAUGUCUUUGUUUGGCAGAAGGAAAAGACUAACGCUGUUCGGCAGAUGGGAAGGCAACAGCAGGAGCAGCACAGGCAAAAUCUCCAUCAGCAUUCUCAACAACUGAACUCAACCCACUGGAUGAAUGACAUUUCCAAGCACACAGGCAAUGGAAGUUUGAUUCCUGGAGUGCCUCCUGCAACAUUAGAUUUAAGUAGUGUGACAACCACGCCUCAUGAACUAUCAACUCUUGUAUGACAUUGACCAGUUCCAAUUCUUGGAACCUCUGAAAAGUGAGAGCAUGCACCAUGGAUGCACUAAUAAUUCCCCUGAAGCUGUUUUCUGGAAAUAGCAUAUCCCCGUGAAUAUUUUAAAUAUUUUCUGGAGGUGUACCUUGGAGGUGAUGCCAUCACCAUAUUUGUGAUACAAAUCACCAUAUUUGUGAUACAAAUCGGAGCAGUCGGUUAUUGCUCUUUGAUGUAACUUACUCAAAAACAGAAAGUAAAAAAACAUGCCAUAUUCUUAUAGAAAAUAUGGUCCUAGUUUUUUAAUUCUUUUUGAGAAAAGGGUUGGUGGUGAGCUCAGAGCUUAAGUACUUGUAACUGGUGUGUAAGUGAAGGGGAACAAUUCUGCCACCAGAGAGCUAACUCAACACCAAUAUCAAAGAUCUAAGUUAGUGCGAUGGAGGGGACAGUUUCAGUGCUCAGAGUGCCACGUUUUGCAUUUAUUAAACAGUCCACUCACUUUCUGGAAAGCUUUUGAAUUUUGUUUGAAAAAGUAUCUUUUUGAUAGAGUUAGAGAGAGGAGGAAAUCUGUUUUGUGAGAUCUGCUUCUUCCUCUCCUCCGCCCUUUUCCUGGGAACAAUGAAGAUGAAUUUAAAGCCAAUUUUAUGAGGCUAUAUCAGCACAAACUUCGUUAGUAAGAAAAUGUACUGGAAUCUAUCUAGUCUGAAAUCAAACGUGAUUCACCAUUAUUUCAGUACAAGCACACCAACAGAUCUCUUAUCUCUUUAUGUAUUGAAUGCUGGAUAGAACAGAAAGCCACACUGUUUUUACGAAUGCAAGUCAACUUGUUGAUCUUCAGCUUUGCUUCUUUUCCAUGGCAAACAUUCUCAUUAUGACAUCAAAAAUGAUUGUAAGUGUGUCUUUGUGUUCUAUCUGAGCCAUUUUAUUUAUAGUCGAGAUGGCUUUGUAUCUUCGCCUCCAAACAACUGGAGCAACCCAUUUUGCAAUCUAAUUGUUCAAGAAACAAAAUUGUUUCUGUUUUUUAUUGUGCCAUAGGGCCUUAUAAAUGAAUUUAGUUACAGGAAAUGGAGUUUGUUGUUGUUUUGUAACUAUGUAUGAUGUUAGGCAAGCGUAGGAAUGCGUGCUGCAGUAUGAAAAUAUUUUCACACUAAGUAUGAAUGUUUUCACGUUAUUUGUGUUCAUAGAAAACUGUUGACUAUUGUAUAUAAUUGAAAAUAUUAUUUUGAUGGAUAUUCCAUCUGCUGUAAAUACUGUGAAAAUUUUUCCUUUGUAAAUUGAUUAUUGCUUAAUAAAUAGAAUACCCAUGAACUUCCAA